AUGACUUCGUCAACAGUACAAACGAUGCCGGGACCCAGUGAAAUGCCCGCCUCACCCGCUCUCAGCCACUCGAACAGCUCGUUCUCGCUGCGGAAUUUCGUAGCCGAAGAGGAUGGCUUCAGCGCUGCCAUGGUGAAAUCCGCGGAUAUCUGCACCAUUGCCUUAUUCGAAGUGCUGUGCAGUUUCGAUAAGGAGUACGCGGGGUUCGUUGCGAAUCCGCCAACGCGGGAGUUUAUUGCGCGCACGGACAAAAGGACGAGGGCGUUUGAGGGGAUGUUGGUGGCUGCUUCUCUAUCCACUGCGUCUGAAUCCGAGUCGUCGUCUGGAUCGCGCAUACAUCCCUCCAUCCCCCGGCUAUUCACGGUCUCCCACCUCCCCUCCGUGAUGUACGCCUUCCUAUCCCACACACUGGGCACAGAGCGCGAUUGGGUGGUACAUGGCGAGAUAUACGUUGCCAUGGUGGGCGUGAUCAAGCACCUCACUUCGAGUUUCGAGUCGGGUUCGGGUGGUGCUGGGCCCGCUGGGGUUGUGAGGGAGCCUGUGAGGAGCGUUGAGGAGAGCUGUGGUGUGCAGACUUGGAUGUGGGAUCGGGGGGAGGUUGUUUGGCAUUUCGGUGGCACAUAUGUAACAGUCGCGAACACCGAAAAAAUGCCUUCUUUCCAGCAUUUCGCCCUCCUUUUUAUAUAUGUAGGAUCAUACGUUCGCAUCCCGCGGGGACACUCGUAUGAUCAAAAAGAAAACUCUCCCGUGAUCUCGCAUGAGACCACGGCAGAGAAAGUAGGUUAUUCAUACCAUACACAGGACAUAUGUAUGCGCUCGGCUAUCCUGCUCAAAUCACUCAUUUGA